ACCAGAUCUGAUUAUGAGUGCAACAUACUAAUGAAAUCACGCAACCUCUUCCAUGCAACCUCCACGUUGCAACCUCUUAUUUCUUCAACAUGAACGCCCCUUCAACUGGCCCCGGGAAAUCCGAAGAACUUGGCAAUUUAGUCGCUCGGCCAAUCGCCGACAAACAUCAGACUCCUGGAGCCAUGUCCACCGGCUUGAUCGACGACCUGAACGAUAAUGUGACUAAUCUUGACAACCCCACCGACCUCAAUCUCAUUCCUUCCCGAUCCCCAUUAUUCCAUUGCCCAAAGUGCAGAAAGACCUUCGCCUCUCGUUUUGGUUGCGGUGUACACGUGAGAAAAAAUGCUUGCUCAAUGGACUCCUAUUGCAAAGAAAAGCAUGAUCAUCAAUUGGUGGAGCUGGAUGUUGAGACCAUGGCCGUUGCCCUGGAAUGGUUUCAUUCCCAGGAGCAUGAUCGAUUUUUUUGCAAGGAAUCGUGUCGGCCCUCGCUUAGGAUAUUUCGAUGUUCUCAAAGAACGAAAAAAACGUCCCGUGUCGUCAAACACACCAAGAAGAUUUAUGAUUGUUCGGCCAAGAUCAUUUUUCGUCAAGCCACAUUGUGCCAAUGUGAGGAUACGACUACCGAAAUCUGCCGAAAUGAAAAACCCAGGGUCCUUAUUUAUGGGUGCUUAUCACAUUGCCAUCCCAUAGAGCGGAAAAAUAUUCGUUUAUCAAAGGUUACGAAGGACCACGCGCUCAACUUGCUGCAAUCUGGGCUGCGGCAUGGUGUUAUCAUCGAAAAAUAUUUUGCGCCCAUUAAUGAUGAACCCGAUCACAAACUCGUAGUUCCGGCCGAUCUUUAUCGCAUUGAAAAAACAGCUAAUCUACAUGGUUAUGACCAUAAAUUGUCAGAAGUUGCUAAUGUCAGUGCCAUGCUUUUAACCCCGUCUUUCCUGGCCUUCAAUUUCGGGGAGAAAUUUUCAAAAACUGGUUUUCCUCAUGGGUUACAAGAUAAAUUGGUCGAGACAUCAGGUUCUUUCUUAUUGUGCUACGCUUCUGAACCAAUGCUCCAAAGGUUUCAACGGCAUCCCACCGUUGUUGCCAUUGACGGCACUCAUGGUACCAACGCUUCCAAAUUCAUUAUGAUUUCAAUUAACGUUUUCGGUCCUCGCGGUGAAGGAAUCCCCGUUUUUCAAUGCUUAGUGCAAAGCGAAAACCAAGCUGUGUUUUCAGUCGCUUUACAAGUCUUGAAGUCGAAAGUUCCACAUGCUUGUGCACAAGUAAAGAUUUUACUAAGUGACACGAGCCAUUCAUUCAUUAACGCUUGGCGAGACGCCAUCAAUUCCAAUGUGCUUUGGAGUGUUUGUCACUGGCAUCUUGAAAAGAGCUGGACUAGAAAAUUUACUCACAAUGACAUGCUAAACGACAUUAAAGGUCUGCGUCAAAUUGGAGGACAAGAUCAAUUUACGACUGAAUUGUUACGAAUUCAAACGAAAUAGGAAGCUUUUGACGAAAGUGCUUCUAAGGCUUGGACUUACUUUGUCAAUAAUUACGGCCCGGAAGGCCGGCAAGCUCCUCUAGGCGCGUGGGCUCGACCUUCAACGCUCGGAGCCCCCAGUCACAACUUAAAUAUCGAACGUUAUCAUCGCACAAUAAAAGGGGUCUUUAAGCCAAAUAUGAAUAUCGGGCGAUUUUGUUUGGGAUUGGAAAAGGUGGAUCAGAUCUUUAUUCGAAAAGAACUUAUGGUGAAAGAAGGUAUGCGGAACAUUGGAUACUCGAAAUUCCAAACCGACUAUUCCAUCUGUCACCAAGUGGAAGAGGAGAUGCUGAAAUAUAAAGUGGAACAAAAGUUUCAAGGAUUUGAAGUCGUUCGAAAAGGCCCUGAUGGCGCGAAAAUCGCAAGAUAUCGCAUGAUGCGGAAUCGAUUUGAAUGCAACAAGCAGUUAUGUCUGGUUCGAUGCUCGAAUUGCCCUCCAGAGAGUCUCUGCGCCCACGAUUAUACUUGCGAGUGCCCGAAAUAUGCCUAUCAGUAAGAGAAGAUCGAUUAGUUUCGAUUUUGUCCGGAAGAUAAUUUCAUUGUCUCCUUUGCCUCAGCAACUUCUGUAAGCAUAGUCAUGUCUUGGCUAUGUUGUCCAAUGCCUUCACACCAAGAUCAACGUGCCAUUCUGAGGACCAAAGCCAAUAGGACCAAAGUAACCGUGGCGUAGAGAGCACGGACGGUUUUUCGAACCUUGUGGAUCGUCAUCAUGUCAAACCCGUGGAUCAAGAGUUUGUCGCGAUACAAAAAAGGUUUAAACAAAUUGAAGAAGCUUACUCAUCGACUGAUAUAAGAGAUGACGAGAAACUGACAAUCGUCGAUUCUUUGCUCCAUGGCCCCAUCAACGAUGUCCAGAUUCCCUCCCGAUUUUCCAACAAUCCAACAAACUUUCCCAAGCUCGAUAGAAAGCGGACUCAUUCACCCCAGAAUCGGUCACUUUUUCCUUCGAAGAAAAGAACGUAAUCAUAAUUGAGCACUUUCGUCAAAAAUGUCCAGUUUUGUAAACGUAAUAUUUGUAAUGUAAAUUGUUAUGAUU